AUGAUGCUGAAUCGAACUCUUCGUUUAGCUGAUCGUACAAAACUUCAGCCGUGGUUCAAAUAUUUGAAGCUGUUCCUUACAGCUUUUUACAAAUUGCCGCGAAGCGAGCACACACUUGUUUGGCGUGGUGUACGCGAAGAUCUCAGUGGUCUUUAUCCAAAGGGUAAAGAAUUCGCUUGGUGGGCAUUUAGUUCUUGCACUGCUGCAAUAAGUGUCCUUGAAUCGCCAAAUUAUUUGGGAAAAUCAGGCACAAGAACAAUGUUCUCCAUUCAAACCAAUAGUGGAAAACAUAUUCGUGCUCAUUCAUAUUUUGAGAACGAAGACGAAAUCCUUCUUCCUCCAGGCAUUUAUCUCAAAGUGAUUGAUAGUUUGAAUCCUGCUGAAGGUCUACAUAUUAUCCAACUUCGUGAAAUUCCGCCGCCAUAUCAAAUGCUUACUGAACCUUUUGAUCUCACUCAACUGAAGCAAACUUUACCACAACCAAAACCGUCAUUAUCUCAAUCAACUGCAAACAAAAAGCAAGAAAAUUAUGCAAAAGCAGAUGUCACACCAAAACCAUCCGUACAAGUGUCCUCGAAAAAUGGCAAGUCACCUCUAUGUUAUUAA